GGAGAUAACUGUUUAUAUAUCGAAGAUUGAAUGUUGUAAAACCAGCAGAGCUUGAACACCGCAGCUGCGUGCCUGACCACUUAGGACGAGUAAAAAGACAGAGAAAGAAAUGCUCGGCAUUGUCGUGGUCCUCCAAAUUCUUCGGUGCUGCCACGCAGGGAAGGAAUGGCUAGUAUAUCCUACAAUGUUGCAAGAACGCAUGACUGCACCGAAUUUGGUUCUGCGGCUGAAUGACGACAUAACACUAAAUCUCCAAAGAAGCUCUGUGCUGGCAGAGAAGCUGUUGGUUGUCACGACUACUGAGCAAGACUACAAGUUGGACACGGUAAACACAUCUGGUAUACAAGAGAGGUUGUACCACGAUACUCACCACCAGUCCUCCGUGAUGAUACAACAUGAAAAUGGCGCAAUGCAUGUGGAAGGAGUCAUCAACAACAGGCUGAGAAUCAAGCCUCUACCAGAGGGCGAACGCUCAUCGCUGGGUCAAAUACAGCAUAAGCUGUACGAAGUUGACGAGAUCAAAGACAAUUUCUUGAAAACUGAGCAGAAGCUUCGACGCUCAUACUGGAAUCGUUAUGGCAAUGGGUUUCCUCCCUACGUAGUGAGAAGGACAACACCUAAGCCGGCAAUGAACGUUGACAAGUUCGUUGUGGAGGUUCAUGUGGUCUCCGACAAGGAGCACCAGAAGCACUUCGGGACAAACAAAGAAUUAAUUGCUUACUUCGCUGUCAUGAUGAAUGCGGUGAACUUACGGUAUCUGGACAUGUCUGCGCCUAAGAUUAGCUUUAUCAUCGUCGGAAUAACACGCAGUCAGACUGACCCUUUUGCCAGGCUCGUGCAAGGCACUCUUGAGGCGAGUCGAACCUUGAAGGCAUUGGUACAAUAUUACGAAGAAGGAAAUAUACCAGAUAAUCCUGACGCCGUGUACCUCAUAACCGGCUUAGACCUGUCCAGCGUAGAAGGUGGAGUGCUGAAGAAAAACGUCGCAGGACUUGCAUACGUCGGCGCUGUCUGCACUAAACACGGAGUCGCUGAGGGAGAAGACAUUGCUACUUCUUACGACGGGGUGUACGCGAUGGCCCACGAGUUGGGGCAUACGUUGGGUGCAGAACACGACCUGACCCCCAAGUGUCCGUGGUCCCAGGGCUACCUCAUGAGUUACGUCGACGGAGGAACGAAUAAGUACCGGCUUUCCCCAUGCAGCGAAGAACAGAUAAGGAAAACUGCGAGGAAGCUUUCAGCAACUUGUAUAAGUGUGCUUUCCUCCACAAACCUAAUGGAGCCACACAAAGAAGUUCCAGGCCAGAAAGUGCUUGAGGACUACUACUGCAGAAGGAUCCUGAAGGAAAAAGCACACGGAAGGACGGUUACCCCAGUGAAGACUUUGGAGCUUAGCAGCAAGUGUAAGAUGUACUGUUGCUACAUAAUUGGCUAUCAGAAAAUGUGCCAGAAAGUGGACAUACUUGAAGGCAUGGCUUGUGCCUACAGAAAGACGUGCAGGAGAGGAGUCUGUGGAUUUCACAACUGGAAAUAGAUCACGGGAAAUAGUAUGCUGCGUCGAUGUCCUGUAAGGACAUAGCCAGGAGUACGGCUUCUCGAGCAAUAAAUCAUUAACAGCGACUUACCAUCCAAUUUAUAUUGUUAUUUCGAGGCUUUUUAUCAAUCACGAAAUCCAGGAACAACCAGAAGCUAGCCUCCCAACUGCUGAUUGACCUAAUUCGAGGGCUUUGGUAGCGCUUCCAUAAUAAAGCUUACUUACUUGCUUG